AUGGAGGCCUGCUGUAGCGUAGCCAGGAUAGUGAGCUUUGCACAUUUGGGCCUGAGAAUUUUGCCCAAGUUGCUGGCUCUUUCUCCCGAUUCACUGGGGAAAUUCAGAAAGGUCUCACCACCGAUGGAAACUGAAACUGUGGUGAGAAAAUUGCCGGAGCUGCCGCAGGAUGUAUUGAUGGAAAUAUUUUCACUCCUCGAGAUACCUGACCUCAUGCGUGCGGCCUCUGUCAGCACCUCCUGGCGCUCUGCGUAUACCAGCCUAUGCAACGACCUUGAGCUGUACAAACGGCCUCAGACGCCUUGCCUCCUCUACACCUCUGAAUCUGCUGGUGAGAACGUCGCUUGUCUCUACAGCCUCGCGGAGAAGAGGGUCUACAAUUUAACUCUCCCGGAUCCACCCAUCCGCAGUAGGUAUCUGAUUGGGUCCUCGCAUGGUUGGCUAGUUACCGCAGAUGACAAGUCUGAGCUCCACCUUAUCAAUCCGAUCACUGGUCAACAGAUUGCUCUCCCGCCGGUGAUCACCAUCGAUUAUGUAGAGCCAAUCUUUGACGAUGCAGGUACAAUUGUUAAGUAUGGAUUGCCCGAGCAAGUGUACUGUGCGGACUCAGGCUCCAAACUCGUUGAUCCCAAAAUGUUAACCUAUGCUCCCGACGAGCUUCGUGACCACCUCUAUGUCAGGGCAUUUAUCUUUCCGGAUCCGUCGGCAGGAAGCUACAUUGUGGUUCUCAUCCACGGUCCAGAAGGUGAGCUUUCGUUUGCAAGGAUAGGAGAUUGUAAGUGGACCUUGCUGCCCCCUGGUUGGGACUAUAAACAAUGCAUCUACAUGCAUGAUCUAUUGUAUGCAUUCACGGGAACUGGAAGAAUUGAUACUUUUGAUCUCACUGGCCCUACCGUCACGAGGAACAUAACUAUAGAUGAGAUUGACAAUUACAUUAGCUGGGACAUGUGGUAUGUUGUUCAGGCACCGUGUGACGGCCUGCUUCAAGUCCGCAGAAAGAUUGAACUAAUAGAUGCGGCUUCUGAGGACCUCAUAGCUAUUAAAACUAGAAAAAUCUUGUUAUACAAAGUUGAUAUGGCAGCAGAAGAGCUUGUGGAAAUAAAUGGCUUGCAACAUCACGUGUUGUUUCUUGGGCGUAAUCAGGCACAGUACCUUAAUGCUGAAGAAUAUCCGCAACUGAAGGAAAAUUGUGUCUAUUUCGCAGAUGAUGAGCAACAUAAUCGGAGGUAUAAGCCGAAUCCCCGGGACAUAGGUGUUCUCAACUUGGAUGAUGACAGUACGGAAGAAAUUGUAUUCCAGCUUUGGUGCAGCUGGCCCAGUCCCAUAUGGAUAACACCCAGUCUUACAGUGAUGAACUUGUCAUUGUACGAAUAG